AUGGGUCAAACGGCGAGGGCAGCACUCUUGUCACUACUGUCGACUUCAGCUCUUGUUUCGGCACAGUCGAACUGCGUCUCGCUCGAGGGAUCAAAGACCUGCCCUGCCUUCGAGUCCGCUUCUAUUUCGACAACAGGCUUCGUCGCGGGAAUCUUACCAGACGAGUUGUAUGCUCGGUUCACUACGACAGUUAUUUGCAACGCCAUCGUUCAAAACUCGAUAUCCGCGUGCAACCUGACUGCGUCCAACUCGCGACCAGUUUGCGCCGACACAUGCGCCGAAUAUGCACAGGGCGAGGCGCUACUUACUUCGGACAGCAGCCUCUGUGGCACCCCGGGCAGCAACUACAUGAGCCAGAUCCGAGCAGACUUUACGAACUGCGCUCUUCCCGCCGACUCCCUUUCGUCAUCAACCUGCAUUCAAGGCAUCGCCAAUGAACGUGACAAUUGCGGCUACGGCAACAGUACUGUUGGACUCUGCUCCUACUGCUCAUCUGGCGGUAUUAACUCUACCGACACAUGCUGUUACAACUCGAACAUCGACGAGCGAUGCGCCGGUGUUACGCUGCCUUCCAUUUAUCCUACCAUGACGUUCACGCCUCCGACGGCGACCGCAACACCGACAUCAUCGAGCACGGCAGCUGCGGCCGCAGGCCUGUCUGGCGGCGCCAUUGCCGGUAUUGUGAUUGGCAGUGUGGCUGGCGCUUUGCUGCUCGCCGGACUGAUUUAUGCAUGCAUCCUGCUUGCCAGGAGGAGGAGGCGCGGAAGCCAAGGCGGCAGCAUCUUCAACCAGCCCUCGCCCUCUAGACAAGGACCGUCUACGGUUAAGAUAGCACCGGCCCAGACCACGAGCGGAUACGAAGUUUUACCGGGCGGUCGCAUUGCCCGCAUGUCGGCUUUGGAGAGUGCAUCGGAUCCGGCCUUGGUGCCUCCCAGUCGCAGCAGUGGUCCUACCGCGGCAGCCGCCGUCGGAGGAGCUGCAGGCUACAUGGCAGGCAGGAGACGGGGUGAUGAUCCGUCUUCGUCUGAGUUUGGAGACAGUCCCGAGUCGGAAACCAGAGCCGGCGUGUUACGACCCCCUCCCACUAAUAUCCGGAGGACGGGUUCCUUAUCUAGCAGCUCGGUUCUCGCAGACCCUCAGUCACCCACGAGCGCUGGGAUGUCAUCCCCUCAAGCCAUGGCCAGCCAACAGUCGGAGCAACUGCCCUUCUUCAAGGACUACUACUCUCAAGGUGACAUUCACCCGGGUGAUAGGGUCGCUACCCUUUGGGCAUAUCAGCCACGUGCGCCGGACGAGUUCGCUCUCGAGCGUGGCGACAUGCUCAAGGUGGUUGGCAUCUGGGACGACGGCUGGGCGACGGGUAUUUUGCUGGACGAGCAUGCCGACGAAUGGGAAGCUCGACGACAUGCCCAACGAGACAGUGGCGUCUCCAACACGUCUGGCCGACAAGACCCCUCACCGCCCGUGAGCGGCGAGAUCAAAGCCUUCCCCCUCGUUUGUGUGUGCUUGCCACAACACUGGAGGAAAACUAUUGAGGGCGAUGUCUCGACCGAAGGCUCUACUGCCCACCAAGGCCACCCAUCGUUCUCAUGA